AGCGAGUAUUAGCAGACGGAAAAGCUCUGAGACUUCUCAAUGGAGGCUUUAAACUGCCCAAUCGAUGCCCAAUUUUCCGACAAAAUCUCGAUUCUUCUCAGCUCUCCACCUCUCCCACAAGUUGAGGAAUAUUUUGAGAAGCUUGUGACUGAAAGGGAAUGUAAUGGGCUUAAAGUCAAAUUAGAUGGAGAGCAUGGAAAAGGGGUUUAUAGCGAGGUCGAUUUUCAAGAAGAUGACCUAAUUUUGAAGGAUCGAAUGCUCGUUGGUGCUCAGCAUUCAUCUAAUAAGGUCAAUUGUAUGGUGUGUAGUUUCUGCUUUCGAUUCAUUGGCUCGAUAGAGCUUCAAAUCGGGAGGAAAUUGUAUUUGGAAGAGUUGGGGAUCUCUGCAGAUGGAGGAUGUGGCUCAUCUGGUGGAAUGGAGUGUGGUAGUUCGUCUGAGAAAAUCCGUCUGUCGCAUGAUACUAUUCAGUCGUUAAUGGAGGGACGCUUGCAGCUGCCGUAUUCAGAGAACUUCCCUCUCCCUCCAGUUGUUUCUUGCAUUGGAGGCUGCAAAGAAACUUAUUAUUGCAGCGAAUCUUGUGCGCAAGCUGAUUGGGACUCGUUCCAUUCUUUACUCUGCAUUGGGGCUGGAUCAUCAUCUCCUAAUAGAGAAGCGCUUCGGGAAUUCGUGAAGCAUGCUGAUGACACAAAUGAUAUCUUCAUCCCUGCUGCCAAGGUAAUAUCAUCCACCAUUUUGAGAUACAGAAAGUUGAAAGCUGCUCGUGUUGAACAGCAGCCGGGAAAGCUCAUUGUGUCAGAUCCACACGACACUUGCAUAUUCCCAUUGCUAUUAGAGGCGUGGAAGCCAGUGUCAAUGGGAUUUAAGAGAAGGUGGUGGGACUGCAUUGCUCUUCCAGAUGAUGUCGAUUCCUGCGAUGAAGCCGACUUCAGAAUGCAAAUAAAGGACUUAGCGUUUGAGUCGUUACAGCUGCUGAAGGAAGCCAUCUACGACGAGGAAUGUGCACUGUUAUUUUCCCUCGACAUCUAUGGCCAUAUCAUUGGCAUGUUUGAGCUGAAUAACCUUGAUUUGGUUGUAGCAUCCCCAGUCGAGGAUUACUUUUUGUAUAUCGAUGAUCUUCCCCCCUCCCAAAAGAAAGAAGCUGAGAAGACGACUAAAUCUUUCCUCGAUGCUCUUGGUGAGGACUACUCUGUUUCGUGUGAAGGUACUGCAUUUUUCCCUUUGCAGAGUUGUAUGAAUCAUUCUUGCAUCCCUAAUGCCAAAGCAUUCAAGCGUGAAGAGGAUAGGGACGGUCAAGCUACGAUACUUGCCCUUCGACCUAUUUCAAAGGACGAAGAGAUAACUAUAUCGUACAUCGAUGAAGAUCUUCCCUACGAAGAAAGGCAGCUACUACUUGCCGACUACGGCUUCACAUGUAAAUGCCCCAGAUGUGUAGAGGAAGCACCUUGAAUGCCAAAAUUAACUGCCCCCCCUCUCCCCAAACCUCGCAGAGACGUCUCUCGUUCGGAGAAGCAACCAACCAAACAGGCAACGGCCGGUGUGGCAAAGCUCAAAUUUUUCCUUUUCUUUCAGUCGUUUUGAUAUAUUACCUAACUUUGUUUUGUGUAGUUUGUGAGAAAAAUCGGUUAGUCACGAUUGAGACCAUAAGUUAAUGAAUAGUGUUUUUGGUAGGAAAGAAAUUACGAUGUAGGUGUGAUAUGUAUGAUAAUGUGGGGAAAUUUCACCA